AUAAAUCGAAAACGUUAAGUAUCACGGAAAAACAGCUCUUGAUAGGUAACUAGCAUAUAAACUCUUUUCUAAUGAAAAUUCGAAUAAGUGUGGCCACAUUUGUGCAAACCCGUACAUUAUCCGAAAUCAAUUCGCCGAAAAUUGGUUGACAGUUAAUGUCAAAAUUUUGUGCAUCAAACACACCGCUGAAUCGAAUCACCGUUGAAUCUAAUAGCACCGACUCAAUUCGAAACAUCUCUGUUCCCGUGUAAAGUAUUCGAAGAAAAACUGUUUGGUUAAUUUGAUUUAAUUCGACAAUGUCAGCGCAAAUUGUUUUUCAUGAAAUUAAAGGAAAUUUGUUCGAGGCACCGGCAGAUUUCGCAUUGGCUCACUGUGUCACAACCAACAUGUCGAUGGCGGCUGGAAUUGCUCGAGAAUUCAAAUCACGAUUUGGUCGAGUACAAGAAUUGAAAGAUCAGAAAGUCACCGUUGGUGGAGUGGCUGUCAUAAAACAUGAAACACGAUACAUUUACUAUUUGGUUACAAAAGACAAUGCAUACAAAAAGCCAACUUACGAUGACUUGAAAUCAUCGCUUGUGGCAAUGAAGAAUCACAUGGUUACAAAUCAAGUAGCAAAAUUGGCUAUUCCACAAAUUGGUUGCGGCAUUGAUAAACUCGAAUGGGCUAAGGUGAAACAAAUACUGCAUGACGUGUUUGAAGGCGAAACCGUGGAGGUAACUGUUUACAGCCUCUAAGAAAUGUAACUCCGUUCCUGCUCACCUGUUACAUACAUUACCGUUUUUUUUUUCAUCAAAUAAAUUAAUACAUUUGUUUUUCAAAAAA